AUGGGCAAGGCACCAAAUAAGAAAUUCACGACAAAACAUAACCCAGCUGGAAACACUGUUGCUGCUGACAAGCACCUCAAUAGUGUUUUCAAAUUCAAUACCAAUUUAGGUCAACAUAUUCUUAAAAAUCCACUUGUAGCUCAAGGGAUUGUCGAUAAAGCACAAAUCAAGCCAAGUGACAUUGUAUUGGAAGUUGGUCCUGGUACUGGUAACUUGACAGUACGGAUAUUGGAACAAGCACGUAAAGUGAUUGCAGUGGAAAUGGAUCCAAGAAUGGGUGCAGAAUUAACUAAGAGAGUUCAUGGUACACCACAAGAAAAGAAAUUGGAGAUCUUAUUAGGUGACUUCAUCAAGACCGAUUUACCAUAUUUUGAUAUCUGUAUAUCAAACACACCAUAUCAGAUAUCAUCACCGUUGGUGUUCAAAUUACUUAAUCAACCUCGUCCACCACGUGUUUCAAUCCUUAUGUUUCAACGAGAAUUUGCCAUGAGAUUAGUUGCCAGACCAGGUGAUGAACUAUAUUGCCGAUUAUCAGCCAAUGUUCAAAUGUGGGCAAAUGUAACCCAUAUUAUGAAAGUAGGCAAGAAUAAUUUCCGACCACCUCCGCAAGUUGAAUCGAGUGUUGUGAGGAUAGAGGUGAAAACCCCAAGACCAAAUAUAGAUUUCAAUGAAUGGGAUGGGUUAUUGAGAAUUGUAUUUGUGAGGAAAAAUAAGACUAUUGCUGCAGGGUUCAAGUCCCUGAAUGUGAUUGAAAUUUUGGAAAAGAAUUACAAAACUUGGCUAGCUACGCAAGAAAAUGGGGACUCAAUGGUUGUUGACAAUAAAGCUGAUUUGAAAGGGUUAAUAAAGGAGAAAAUCACCAAAGUGUUGACGGAGACUGGAUUCUCAGAUCAAAGAGCGGGUAAAUUGGAUCAAACGGAUUUCUUGAAACUAUUAUAUGCUUUCCAUCAAGUUGGAAUACAUUUUGCAUAA